UAAAAUCUCCAUCUAUCCAUUUCUUUUUUUCUUAAUCUUUUCGCACCUCCCCCCUUCUGAAGGCUUAUGGAUUGAGAAACCUCUCCAGGAUCCCAAUCUUGCCGUGUUUUGCCCAGAUUUCAUGGAUUUUUCUGAUACUUUCUUCGUGGUUUUCAUACCCCGGGUAGAAGCUUCCACAAAUAACCUAUUUCGAUCGGUUCGUCAAGGAGUGCAUUAAUGCAUCAUUUAUAGUCGUGUAGAUUUUUUGAAAUUUUUUUAGGAACUACAUUGUAGCAUCCCAAAAAGAAAGUUUACGUUUUUGUUUUUGGGAUUUUUUUUCUCUUCUGCGUGGGAAAGAUUGGGUUUUGAUUCUGGUGGGUCUUUCCUUUUUUUUUUGUCCCUCGAAUCUUUCUAGUGUUACCUAAAAUUUUAUGUUCUGGGAUCGUCUUUCUAAUUCUGAAGGCUUGGAUCGACCCACAAAAAGCAAAAGCCUUGGAGUGACUCUCCAGACCUUCCAUGAAUUCGUCUGUCAUGGACUUCUUCUUCGCGGUUAAAGUGAAAGAUGCCGUUUUGCGUCCUCCUCCUUGUUAGGCCUUCCAAAGGGGCUUUUCAUGCCAUAAAGCAAGUCUUUCCUUCUGAUUUCUUUGCUUCUGGAUUCCUUCUUUGCUUCUGUAUUCCUUGGCAAAUGACAACAAAGGGAGAGAAGUCCCAUGGAGAUUUAGAAGAAGGGCCUCACCUUCACCGCCCCACUACAGACGAUAGUGAUAAUGGCCUCUGCUUCUGUGAUGCAGAGGACCAGCCUUGGCAUUCGCCGUGUAAUUCAAACCGCAGCGGUUCAGCUUAUGAUGAGGACCGCUUCUCUGGUGCCUCCCAUCAUGAGAUAGAUGGAGUUCCAGAGUCAUGCAGAAAAUCCUGUGUCUCGGACUGUUCGGUGGAGAUUGAUUUGGAGAACGGAAUUUCAGAGAUUAAGGCGAACAACGCCAAAGUCGAGAAGGAUUGCAGGAUUUGUCAUCUCAGCUUGGAGGAGUCGGGCAUUCCGAUCGUAUUAGGUUGUUCUUGCAAGGGUGAUUUGGCUGCUGCCCACAAGCAAUGUGCUGAGACAUGGUUCAAAAUCAAAGGGAACAAGACUUGUGAGAUUUGUGGCUCAACGGCUCAGAAUGUGGUUGUUACAGGCGAGAGCGAGUUCAUCGAGCAGUGGAAUGAAACAAGCAGUAGUACAGCACCACCUGCGCCGCCAUCUGAAACACGAAGCUUUUGGCAGGGGCAUCGGUUCCUCAAUUUCUUGCUUGCCUGCAUGGUGUUUGCGUUUGUCAUCUCUUGGCUCUUUCACUUCAAUGUUCCUGGCUAAUUCCAGUAACAGUUGCCAGGCUUCCAUGUUAUCAUGAAGAACUCAUCUUCAUUGCUGACAGGAACCCAUUGGCCAGAACCAUGACGAAAAUCCCAAAGAAGAUAAGGUGGAAUUGUCAGGAAGAAAAAAUUUAUUAUGAAUUUGUUGCUAGUGAAGGGAAGGGAAGGUGAAACUAGUUGCCUCCCAUUAGGAGUCAAAAAGAUAUGUCGAGUUUGUUGUGAGUAGAGAAAAAGAUCAUGCUGAAGAAUUGGUUCUGCCUUUAAGCUACCAGGAACCGGAUCUUUGAUGAGUUUGCGAGUGUUCGACAACAUAUGGUGCUUGUCUUAUUCUUCCGUCUUCCCCUUUUUUUUUACCCCCCUGCGUCUCAUCUAUACUUGUGUUGCAUUCUGAGCUUAAAUGUCCUCUCGUUCGCCAGAUUCUAGGCUUCAAAAAUUGCAAGUCUGCAGCAUCCGCUUACAAUCAAACAAAUAAAGUAGCUGCUGGAUGUUUUCAAA